UUGAACACAUCAAAGCCACUAUGGAAACACCCCAACAAUGUCCCAGUUCCAAAAAGCUUCUUGCAGAUGAAGAAAAAGAAUGCCUCAAAGAACCUCCAUCUAUCAGUAAGAUCACAACCAAAAAACUAGCUUUCAUCCCUUUACUCUUCCUCAUCUACUUUCAAGUCUCUGGUGGACCUUAUGGCACAGAAGCCAUCGUUGGUGCUGGAGGUCCUUUCUAUGCAAUCCUUGGCUUUGUCAUCUUCCCAAUCCUCUGGAGUGUACCCGAGGCCCUCAUCACGGCUGAACUCUCCACCGCCUUUCCUGGCAAUGGUGGCUUUGUCAUAUGGACUCACCAAGCCUUUGGUCCCUUCUGGGGCUUCCUCAUUGGGUAUUGGAAGUUCCUUAGUGCUGUCAUAAACUUAUCUUCAUACCCACUACUCUGUUUAAACUACAUUGAUCCAGAGCUUCUAGCUUUAUCCUCAAGCCUACCUCACUAUUUUAUAAUCUCUGUUUCAACUCUGUUUCUCUCUGUUCUUAACUUCACUGGUUUGCCUAUAGUUGGUUAUGCUUCAAUAUCUUUGGGGAUUCUGUCAUACUUGCCCUUUAUAGUAAUUUCCCUUUUUGCAAUUCCCCAAAUUGAUCCUAGAAAAUGGGCACUUUUAGGCCAAAAGGGUAGGAAAAAAGAUUGGCCUUUGUUCUUCAAUACCCUCUUUUGGAAUUUGAAUUGUUGGGACAAUGUCAGUACUUUAGUGGUAGAGGGAGUUACAACACCUUCAAAAACAUUACCAAAAGCAUAUCUCUCAACUGGAUUGAUCACUUUCUUUGCUCAUUUAAUACCUCUUCUAGCUUCAACUGGGGCUAUGAAACUUGACCUAGAUGAUUGGGUAACUGGAUAUUACACAGAGGUGGGAGAAAAAAUUGUGGGGAAAUAUUUCAAAAGGUGGGUUAGGCUUGGAGCCUUUUUAUCUGGUAUUGGUGUGUUUCAGUCCCAGCUGAGCAGUUGUUCGUAUCAGCUUCUAGGUAUGACUGAAUUAGGGUUAUUACCAACAAUUUUCGGUACACGAUCCAAACGGUUCAACACUCCUUGGGUGGGGAUUUUGAUCUCAACAGUGAUAUCGAUCUUAGUUUCAUACAUGAAAUUUAGGCAUGUCACAUCAGUAGUGAAUGUUUUCAACAGUCUGGGGAUGCUGUUCGAAUUCACAGCUUUCAUUUACUUGAGGAUGAAGUUUCCUGAUGUGGAUAGGCCUUUCAAAGUUCCAGUUACAAAGCUGCGGAGUCUGAUAGCAAUGUGCUUCUUUCCAUUUGGGUUUUUGUUGUAUGUGGUUUGUGCUGGGCACCCAAUUGUCUAUCUGGUUGUUGCUUUGCUGACUCUGUUGGGCGUUCUUUGGUAUUUCUGCAUGAGGAUGUUCCAGGCUAAGAUGUGGAUUGACUUCAACCAUGUUAUGAAAAAGCUAGCAGAUUAUGAAAAUUUGGGCUACUAUGAUCAGAUUGUGAAAUAAGCUGGUUUACAAUCACAGAUUCUUCACUUCUACUCUGAAGAAGUGCCAAGAGUGUAGCUGUACAUUGUAGCAGAACUAUGAAAGUUUGAUGUAGUACUUUAUUCCAUAUCCAUGUACCUUGUCAGAAAAAUAAAGCAAGAAGCUUUAAGUGAGUUGCAAAAAUGAUUGGUUUAGCACCAACCUGUUGGAGCAGUUGGGUAUUCUUAAUUUUCUGACCUUCUGUUGGGAGGUUGAACUCUUCUAGAAGCUAUUGUAUCCUUUUAUAUUUCUUGUUCAGAUUUGAUUUAAGAGUUACAAAACUUCUUACU